AUGAUGGAAAUGGUUGUGGCUUUUGAAACUCAUGCUCAAACGGAUGGAGAUCCAGAAACUCUUUCCAAGAUGGAACUCAAGGAAUUGAUCCAGGCGGAGAUGCCAGGAUUCCUCGAGGUAAGGUCAUACUGGGAUUAAUAACUGCUUUAGCUGAGUCAGUUAAAUACCUUUUACACUUACAAGUGUUUUAAACCUCAAGCUCCUCUGCUCAGAUGAAUAAAAGUUCUGAUGAUUUGAACAAAAUCACAACCAUUUGUUUCUCUUUGGACAUGAAGGUAAAAUUUAUUUCUGAUGCAAAUAGACAGUUCUGAACUUGAACAAAGUUCUAGUCUUAAAGAUUUGGCAAGAAAAAAGACAUUUCAAGCUUCUGUGUUCUGAAAUGACCAUUGUUGAGGUAAAAAAGUAAGCACUGUUAUGUUUUAGGAGUGUCCAGGAAGCACACAAGACAUCCAAGGUAAAGUGGACACACUGAUGAAUAAGCUGGAUCAAGACGGAGACGGAAAGAUGGACUUCAUGGAGUUCAUCGACUUUCUUGCUGGUCUGACUUUAGCCAUCUACAGUCACGUUGGACCCUGCCGGAAAAUCAAGUGA